AUGAAGUGGACAGACAAAGCGUCCUAUCGGGCUAGCAGGAACGGUCACAUCGCUGUGCUCCAUUGGUGGAAACAGAGGGGGCUGGAGAUGAAGUGCACUGCGGCGUAUGUGUGCGAUUGGGUUAGCAAGAAUGGACACGUCAAUGUUCUCGAUUGGUGGAAACAGAGCGGUCUGGAGAUGCAGUGGACAAAGGAUGCCUGCGAUUGGGCGAGCGGGAAUGGCCACGUCGCUGGGCUCAAUUGGUGGAGACAGACUGGUUUGGAGAUGAAGUGGACAUCGGAUGCGCGUGAUAGGGCUAGCGAAACUGGGCACGUCGCUGUCCUAGAUUGGUGGAAACAAAGCGGACUAGAGAUGCAGUGGACAGCGUAUGCGUGCGAUUGGGCUAGCAGGAAUGGUCACGUUGCGGUGCUCGAUUGGUGGAAACAGAGCGGUCUGAGGCGGUAA